AUGACGCCAGUCUUCCGCUUCAUAUCAAAAAGGGGAUCCGUUGGGAAAUCCUCCAUCUCAGCCUUCUGUGGUGCUGGAUUGGCCUAUGAAGCUCCCGUGAUCUCGGCUGGAGCUUGCGGUGCUGCCGGUUCCUGGGCUGGCUACGGUGCCGGUUGGGGUCUAGGAGCCGUUUCAACAUCCAGCGGUGGUGGUUUCCCUACCUCGAGCGCUUCUCCCAUCCCACCAGUCGGUGUGUCCGUGCUCUCUGAGAACGAGAUCGGUGGUAUCUUGGCCGUUGGAGGUGAGCUGCCUUUCCUGGGCACCGUUGGCUUGGAAGGUGUUGUUCCCACUGCUGGUGCUGGUGUCGUCUCCUACGGCUGCGGCAACGGUGCCGUCGGCAUGGUGAGCGAAGAGAUCGCUGGUCCCACCUGGGGAUACCCCGCCGCCGCUGGAUUGGCGUACGGUCCUGGUCUCGCUUCCGGUCUGGCUCUGGGCUACGGUCCCGCCAUCGGUGGACGUGCCUUCGGGGCUCUCGGAGGCUGCGGAUGUGGUGUUCUGUAC